GUCUCGUCCGUCGCAAUCCAGUGCAGAUAUACGUGCAAUUACCCUGUCAACAGUGCUUAAAAUCUCCGUGCUCGUGCCGUGUACGUUGGCACGCAGUGAUCGAUAACCCUCGUCGACGAGCCGCCGUCGAUCGCGACGCAUCCCGCGAUUGCCGGAGGAAGAGAGAAAAAGGAAAAGAAACAUAACAGCGUGAAAAGCGACAGUGCGAAGUUCCGAGCAAUGAUAAAUUUGGUGUACGAUAUGAUUUGAAUCGACCGCUCUCUCGGUGAUCGCGAAAGAGACCGAGGGGACCGGAACAGAGUGAAGUUCGGCAAGUUUGGACAGUGAAUUCGGUGAAUUCGCGUCGUUCUGGUAACUUGUGGAGAGUGAUAUCGCCAUAUCAAGUAUAUAUCCGUCGAUUCUACUCGCGAAUGAAUGUACGACGACGAUCGAGGAAUUCGUUGGAAUAAGUGACGAUAGUCGACGGGAAGAAAGGGAGCAAUUGUGACACAAGAGGACAGAUGUGGUGCCGCGUAAUUCGGCGUAGUUACUUCUUUUGCGCGUUUCGUUAGCUGUCGCGUCUUAUCGCGAGUGAAUCAGUGCGCCUAUAAAUUCAACGCUGAUCUCAUCGAGGGAAAUCAACUCUUCGAGGACUUCUUACUCGCUAUCAAGAUGAAGACUCGCCACUUGUGGCUAGAAGCGGCCGUCGUUUUCUUCGCAAUAACAAGUGCAAGCUGCCUACAGAAGGUCAGUCUGCAGAUACUUCCGGAGGUGGUGCAACGUGGCCAGGAGGUGAUUCUACGGUGCUAUUAUGAUCUGCAGACGGCGCCACUCUAUUCACUCAAGUGGUACCGGGGAAGACAUGAAUUCUACCGAUUCUCGCCCAGCGAGGAUCCACCUACCAAGAUCUUCAACAUCUCCGGGAUUUAUGUCGACCCUGACAACUCGAACAAGAGCCAGGUAACGCUCCGCAAAGUCGACUUCGCCCUCUCGGGUACAUUCAGCUGCGAAGUUACGGCAGACGCGCCGACCUUCUCCACGGCCUCUGGCACAAAGAAUCUCACCGUAGUGUCUCUGCCCGGCGGAAGGCCCGUUAUCGUAUCGGAACGCGAACGGUACGACGCGGGAGACGUGUUGAAGGCAAAUUGCAGCCUACCGUCAUCGAAGCCGCCGGUUAACUUCUCAUUCACGCUGAACAACCAUCUGGUGGAUGCGACCGCGAAGCAGCAGCGAACGAAAGACGAGGACGGGGCGCAAUGGAGCGAGAUCAGUGUCAUCCUUCAGCCAUUCCAUUACGCGAGUAACGGCCAGUUAAUUCUACGUUGCACCGCGCAGAUAGCCGGCAUCUAUUCGACGAUGAGCGAGCUUCAGCUUGGCGCGGGUCUACGCGAGCCCGUGCCCGAAAGAGUAACCUCAGAAAACGGAAGCGACUCACACACGAUGACGUUUGUGACAAUACUCUGCCUGGGCAUGCUCCAUCUGCUUCUGAGAUAGUCACGGCACGUCUGAGACUACGAGAAGGGAGCUCACGGGCGUCGCAUGAUAAAUAGCACACUAGUCAGCAAGAGGAGGGGCUGGAGAAAGAGAGGACAGAGUUUAAGGACCGCGUAUGGAUGGCGCAGAAACAAAUAAUAUUGUUAAUUUGAUAUAUUUACUUAAGCAUUUCCUCUUUUUUUCUCUCGUCUGGUACAUUGAAUUCCGUAUAUAUAUAUUUUUUAGAACGCGUUUGAGAUCGUGAAUUCUGCAUGUUAUCCGGGUUUUCGUUCGUGAGAUUUUUAA